AUGCGCGAAUUGUCAGGCUCUGCUCCUCAAGAAUAUUACAAUCGAUUCAACUCAACACGCAAGGACUUGGACUCGCCUGCGAGCCGAUACAGCUUGGCGAGAGUCGUCAGACGCAUCAAUCUGGAUCUCAGGGAUGACUCUCUUCCGAGGGAAGGUGAACGCAAGCCCGCACAGUUCCUGAACAUCUACCGAGAGUUGAAAGAGGGUUACACUGACACCCAUUCUCUCAAGGCGCUUGACACUCGAGUGUUCUUCAUGAUAGCACAUAAACUCAUCCUCUGCACGUCUGUUAAAUGGUUUGCUGAGGAGCCAGAGACAGCAGCAAUGCUCGAGUUCUUGGCCAACCGCGAGGGCCUCGUGUUGUAG